AUGAUUCCCACAGCUUCAGCAACUGCAACCACAAUGUUACUCAGAUCAGAGGAUGGUAUGCCAUCAAACACCCUUUUCAUGCCUUCAUCAUAUGAAGAUGACAAGAAACUGGAGACCACACACUUUCUCUCAACGGCCUCAAGUAACACCAGUACCACCACCACUGCCAACACCAAUCUUUAUCAGCAACGGCGUCGACGGAUUGCCAGUGACUCCUCUCUGUCUUCCCAAUCUGACAGUGGUCGCCGCCGAUCUUUUCGUCAAGAUAUGGGACAGGCCGCCUCUAAUACUUAUCUGAUUACCCGUCUUACCUUCAAGAUGUUGCUAUAUCUUGGGGUAGGCUACAGAUCGAUCAUCAGAUUUCUUGCCCUUGGUUGUUAUGCUUUCCUAGUUAUCCCCGGUUGUUUUCAAGGUUUGCAACAUUCUGAUCUACUGACAAAUGUCCAGUUCUUGCAGCAUAACAAAGUUUGCUUGUCUAUUGCAGUUGGGUAUUACUAUUUUUCCUCAAGUCAGGUCCGUAGAGGUGUAGUUUAUGGUGAUCAACCAAGGAAUAGGCUUGAUUUGUAUUUACCUAAGAAUACAGAUGGUCCAAAGCCAGUUGUUGCAUUUGUAACUGGUGGAGCCUGGAUUGUUGGGUGA